AUGCCUAUGAAAGUGUCACACAUUACAGGUGUUACGAAACCGCGACUGACCCGUAGCAGAGAACUAGAAAUGAAAACUACUCUUCAAGAGCUAUUGUUCUACAUCAUUUUCCUUACAGAUCUCUGUAUAUUGACAUUUGGAAUGGUGAGCACAGAUAUGUUUUACCUAAACAAAGUCAUGUCAACUCUCUUUCUGGACACCCCUAUGUCAGAAACAGAUAACGCUGACUUCAAGUCCAUUGCAAACGUUGCUGACUUUUGGAAGUAUGCACAAGGACCUCUUCUGGAUGGCCUUUAUUGGGACUUGUCUUAUCCCAGUAGUUCUACAUUUGUUCACAGAAACACCAGUUAUAUCUACUAUGAGAACUUACUGUUAGGCGUACCCCAAGUCCGGCAGUUAAAAAUCCGUAACGACACAUGUUCUAUCUAUCCCUCUUUCCGGGCAUUUAUAAAAGAGUGCUAUGGUCCGUACCGCUAUUUGUCAGAGGAUAAACAACCUUUUGGCCUUAAGAAUGAUACUGAGUGGUGGUAUUCCACUGCUAAGUCAAUAUCCUUAUGGCAUUGGGGCCAGAUUGGUAUAUACAGUAGUGGAGGAUUUACGUUCACCUUGCCCAAGUCAAAGAAUGCAAGCAUAGAGAAGCUCAGCUAUCUCAAGGAGGAAGGUUGGCUCACCCGAGGGACGAGGGUUGUCUUCAUUGACUUUUCAAUGUAUAACGCCAAUGUAAACCUCUUUUGUGUAGUCAGGCUGGUUCUGGAAUUUCCUGCAACAGGUGGAAUACUCCCUUCUUGGCAGUUCUACUCAGUAAAGCUUCUCAGAUAUGUCACUUACUAUGAUUAUUUCUUAGCCUCUUGUGAAGUCAUCUUCUGCCUCUUCAUCUUGAGUUUCAUCAUCCAAGAAUUUAUAAAAAUGAAAACACUAAAAAAAGAAUAUGUUAAAAGUGCCUGGAACUGGCUGGAUAUAUUAUUGAUCCUGUUAUCUGUUUUUGCUAUUGCUUUCAAUGUUUACCGCACUGCGGAAGUGGCCAGGUUGAUGGAAAAUCUGCUCUCCAAUUCAUUUGCCUAUCCAGACUUCUAUUUUCUUGCAUUCUGGCAGACACGUUACAAUAAUAUGAUUUCAGUGAACGUCUUCUUUGCAUGGAUAAAGAUAUUUAAAUACAUAAGCUUUAACAAGACCAUGACUCAGCUGUCUUCCACUCUAUCCCGCUGCGCUAAAGACAUCAUUGGAUUUGCAAUCAUGUUCUUUAUCAUCUUCUUUGCAUAUGCACAGUUGGGUUACCUGGUUUUCGGGUCACAAGUGGAUGAGUUUUCCACCUUCCAGAACUGCAUUUUUACCCAGUUUCGCAUUGUGCUUGGAGAUUUUAACUUUGCCAGUAUAGAGGAAGCAAACCGGAUCCUUGGGCCCAUUUACUUCAUUACGUUUGUAUUCUUUGUGUUCUUCGUAUUGCUGAACAUGUUCCUGGCGAUCAUUAAUGACACAUACUCUGAAGUGAAAGCUGACUUCUCAGUUAUCCCUAGCAGAGAAUUUGAGAUCAGUGACCUUAUUAGACAGAGUUACAAUAAAGCUCUGGUGAAACUGAAACUGAAGAGAGCAUCGCAGACAGAAGAUUUGUAUGCAGCAAGGCUUUCCAGAGAUACAGCAGAACUGGAAAAAGAGUUGAAGAAUGUGAAUACUAAGCUUGACUUAAUUAUGAAAAAUGUACCUGAAGACACAGGAUCAGGAGAUAAGAAACAGAAAUAG